AUGCUAUUUAACAAAAAAUCUCUAUUCGCUGCUUUGGUGGCUAUGAAAUUGGCUGCUGCCGACACUUGUAAUCCUUUGAAAAGUACCUCCUGUCCAGACGACACUGCUUUGGGAACCAGUUUCUCUGAAGAUUUCACCUCUGCUUCAAAAUACUUCACUAACACCGGUAACCCAGGUACCAUCGAAUAUGCUUCCGAUGGUUUAGCCAUUACAAUGAAAAAAAGAUUCGAUAACCCAAGUUUGAAAUCAAAUUUCUAUUUGAUGUAUGGUAAAUUCGAAGUCAUCAUGAAAGCUGCUCCAGGUACCGGUAUCGUAUCUUCUGUUUUCUUACAAAGUGACGAUCUAGAUGAAAUCGAUUUAGAAUGGUUAGGUGGUGAUACUACCCAAUUCCAAUCCAACUAUUUCUCAAAGGGUAACACCACUACCUACGAUAGAGGUGAAUACCACGGUGUCAAUGCUCCACAAAAUGAAUUCCACAACUAUACCGUCGACUGGGCUAUGGAUAAGACUGUUUUCUACUUGGAUGGUGUUCCAGUUAGAACUUUGUUGAAUACCACAAGCGAAGGUUACCCACAAUCCCCAAUGGCAUUAUAUCUAGGUGUCUGGGCUGGUGGUGAUCCAAGCAACCCACCUGGUACCAUUGAAUGGGCUGGUGGUGAAACAAACUACGCUGAUGCUCCAUUCUCUAUGUUUGUUAAACAAUUAGUCGUCUCUGAUUACUCUUCUGGUAGUUCUUACUCUUACAACGGUCAAUCCGGUAGUUGGGAAUCUAUUCAAGCUGCUAACGGUCAAGUUUAUGGUAGAUACGGUAUUGCUCAAGAAGAAUUUGCUAAUUUGGUUGACGGUGAAUCUGUUGAAUAUGCUAACACCGCUUCCAACUCUACCACUACUACCACUACUUCUGCCACCACUUCUUCUGAAACUUCUGAAACUUCUGAAGAUGUAUCCACUUCAACUGAAUUCUCAUCCAGUUCAUCUGAAUUAAAAACUUUGUCAACCUCAUCUGAUAUUUCAGAAACCUCAACCUUUUCUUCAUUGUAUCCAACUAGCAACUCUUCCACCAUUGAACCAUCAAGCACUGAAUAUUCAUCAUCUAGUUUGUUCUUCAACAGCACUUCAUCAGCUCCAGUUACAACUUCUGCUUCUAGCACAAGUGAAGUUCAAACUACUAUUAUGUCUAGUAGAAUUUCUUCUUCAACUGUUGCUCGUAACACAAGUAGUACUACUACUCACGAAAUCAGCAGCGCUAACUUUGGUAAUGCUGUAAUUGAAAAGAGCAACUCUUUGUUUACUGUUCUAGGUUUAGCUUUAGCCUUUUUCAUGUAA